GCGACGGCGUGGGUUGAGCCUGUUAGUUAAGUGGAGAAUCGCCUUGGCUCUGUGACACGGCGGCGAGACAGCAGAGACAAAGACGGUGGCAAAGCAGACGAUCGGCGGAAGCGCCAGAUGAUAUGUAUAUCUGUGUCUAAGCCGAGGGCCUUCAGCCGCAGUUGGCAGCCGGGUGCAAGCGAAGGUCGGGGCAGGAAGCUACAAUUCCCCAGAAGAGAUCCUGAGCUUUCCUGUGGUCGCAAGGCCUGAUGGGACAGGUAGUUCCGUGCACGGCUCCACCUACCUGAGGCUUGGGGUUUCUCCUGACCCCAGACAUGGAGCUGGAACAGAGAGAGGGGACCAUGGCAGCCGUAGGCUUUGAAGAGUUCUCAGCGCCACCAGGCUCAGAGCUUGCUCUGCCGCCCCUGUUCGGAGGCCACAUCCUGGAGAGUGAGCUGGAGACAGAAGUAGAGUUUGUGUCCGGUGGUCUGGGCGGCUCAGGGCUCCGAGAGAGGGAUGAAGAGGAAGAGGCAGCCCGGGGUCGCAGGCGUCGCCAACGGGAACUAAAUAGAAGAAAGUACCAGGCCCUAGGUCGGCGCUGCCGGGAGAUCGAGCAGGUGAAUGAGCGAGUCUUGAACAGGCUCCACCAGGUGCAAAGGAUAACUCGGAGACUCCAGCAGGAGCGCAGGUUCCUCAUGAGGGUGCUGGACUCCUACGGGGAUGACUACCGGGCUAGCCAGUUCACCAUUGUGUUGGAGGAUGAUGGCAGCCAAGGCACAGAUGUCCCCACCCCAGGCAAUGCUGAGAAGGAAGGCCUUUCCCCACCCCAAAGGACACCCGUACCCCUCGACCCCAGCAGUCCAGCCCCCGGAGAGGGGCCCAGUGGGCGGAAGAGGCGGCGGGCACCACGGGUGGGAGCUUCGUUGACCCCAGAACUGGCCCCAGUGCAGGUGGGAGCCGAGGGCUGGGGCCAAGGCGUGAUUAAGGUCGAGGAAGACUUUGGCUUUGAAGCAGAUGAGGCCUUGGAUUCAAGUUGGGUUUCUCGAGGGCCAGACAAACUGCUACCCUACCCUACCCUAGCCAGCCCGCCCUUUGACUAGCCCUGUCUCCCCAAUAAACAGACCCCAUCACCACCAC